GUGGCUGGGUGAGCGUUGGACAGAGCUCUGAGAUAAUAAGAGGAGGCUGAGAGAGCAGCCCUGUGGAUGAAGAGGAGGAGGACGGCGAUGGCGAGAGGUGUUUGAUCCGGAUUUAAAAAACUCCAGUCCAGCUCCUGGUUUCAAAGAAGCUCCAGAUUUUGGUUUAAUGAGGAACCGACUUGUGACUGGCGUUCUCUGAACGCUGCAGAUGACAGAGAGGAAGAACAGUUCCUCUGCUCUUUCUCUGUUCGGAGGCUGAAGCAGCAGAGCAGAUGGAUGUUUCCAACAGCCGGAUGUCAACCUAAAGCUGUGGUGGAGUUGAUGCGACAGACAUGAAGAACCUGGACCAGUAUGGACGAAGUUACAUGGCGAGUCUGGUCUAUGCAGCUCUGUCCAGUCUAGUGUUGGUUCUACAAGGCAUGUUGGGUUCAGCCCACAGUUGUCCUGGCGCCUGCAUCUGCUACGGUAACACCACUGACUGCUCCGCGGUCGGCCUCCUCUCUCUGACAUCCAUCAUAACGCUGCUGGACCAGGACUCUCUGGUCCUCCGUGUACCCCAGAACAACCUCUCCUCUCUCGGCAAGACACAGCUGUCCAACCUAAGCAGCCUGGAGAUCUUGGAUCUUUCCCAGAACCACUUUUCCACCCUGCGGCCAGGAGCAUUCUUGGGUUUGAGCAGCCUACGCUGGCUCAACCUCUCCACUAACUCCCUCGGGGUACGCCUGGUGACGUCUGACCCAACCAACAGCACAGACACCACACAGGGCUCGAAUGAAAGUCAGAGGAGUGUUGGCUUGAGCAAGGAGGUUUUCAAGGGGCUGUGGCGGUUGCGAGGACUCGACCUGUCCUCCAAUGGCCUCCUUUGGCUGCCCAAAGGCCUGCUGGAUGGGCUUCAGAGACUAACCUGGCUGUCCCUGGCCAGAAACGAGCUUGCAGCCCUCGACAGAGUCACCUUCGAACCCCUGGUGGGGCUGCAGCAGCUCCAGCUGGCAGGAAACCCCUGGGAAUGUGACUGCAAGCUGAGGGACUUCAAGCACUGGAUAGAGUGGUUAAUUUACAGGGAUGGGCAGGUAGAUGCGAUGCAGUGCAAUCUCCCAGGGGAUUUGAAGGGCAGGGACAUCCGCAGCUUGCCAGCAGAGAUAUUCAGCUACUGCCUGCAGAGUCCGACCAAGGAAGGCACUUUGGGUCAUGCCACCCGGCCUCUCUGCCCGCCUGGCCGGGUCAACAGCAAUGAGGAAUGUGUUCGCCAGCGUUACCGGCCCGUAAGUGUCCGUCGGGCACACGGCACGCAAAUUGUUGCAGGAGUGGUUUGCGGUACGGUGUGUGUCAUGAUGGUGGUUGCGGCAACUUACGGCUGCGUAUAUGCCUCUCUGAUGGCGCGAUACCAGAGGGAGAUGAAGAACCGCGGGCAGCCUCUGAUGGCUGAGUGUGGAGCUGAGACUGACCUGGAGGAUGGACAACUGUCACCUCUGACAUCGGCGGAGGAGACACUGCCCAAAGAUCCCUGUGGCAUUGUGCACGGCUAUCGAGUCAGUAGCUUCUGAGAUAUUGUUUCAUUUUUCCUGAUUUUCAAUCCUUCCUGGAUGUUUUGGCUGCUCCUGCUCAGGACCUCUCACCACUGAUGAAUCAACAUCUGGAGAAAGACACCAAACAGCUCUGCAACUGUAGUGAAGAUCUCUGGGAGGGACCGAUUGUGCCGCUGAUGGACCGGACUAGAUUCAGUGAAACUGGAAUGCUUGCAGCAUUUCUUUUAAUGUAUGGAUGCUUUGUGAAUUGUUAUUCCCUGCGCUGCAUCUCUCAGCCAGCUUUCAAACUCCUCUGAAGCUGCUGUUUAGCACUUGUGUACCUUGACCUCUCUUUAUCAGUGUUUUUGUUUCUUCUUUAUGAAUAUGUAACUACCUUUUUCCCCCUCAAGCUGUCUGUCUAUAUCUGAGUCCAACAAGCACAAGCCCCCAAAGUACAAAUGUUUGUGAAGCCCUGGAAUUUUCUUUAUCUUCAAUUAUUUGGUUAUAUCUUUCUUUUUACCUCUGUUAAGUGGAUGUCCUGUUGAAUUCCUUUCAAAUACUAGACACUUUAAACCAUAUCAGAAUCCUGCUGCUGUAAGGGAGAUGCUGCUUCGAGCUUCAUCACUGAGAUAAACUGCAUCCAAAAAGACACUAGAGCUGUACUGCCUCCUAGAGGUGAAUCUGUAAGCAACAACAGCUUCUGAUUCAGCAUAUAGAAACUAUUGGACUAUCCACCCACAUAUUGUUACUUAGUUCAUCCAUAUUUUCUGUGUGAUUCAAAUUUAACUCAAGGACUGUUAAUGAUGCAGAAGAUAAUAAACUAUAUAUUUAUCUAAA